GUUUUGUUCCCCAAUCGGUCUGGAGGUUCAGUUCAUCUGCAGUACCUACUUUUGGUUGAUGAUUGGCGCAGAGCGGGGAGGUUUGCCUGGGGAGCAGCUGUUCUAUCCUACCUGUACCGUGAAAUGGGUAGGUCGCCACUGCAGAUGACUGCGUCUUCUACUCUAGGUGGAGACCUUGGUGGAUGGUCCGCCUUGCUGAUGCUCUGGGCGUGGGAGCGAUUUCCUCAUACAGCACUACUACAUGUAGAGACGGGGGCGCAGAUUACCGAGGACGCCCACCCACGAGCCCUUCGAUGGCUUCCGGCCCAUACCCGUCAGCAUUGUGAUCAGUUUUAUCUGUACAAGCUGUGGUUUGACGAAUGUACUACAUUCAUGUGGAGUCCUUACUUUGAUAGAGCCCAGGACUUCGCCGGUACUGUGAUCCAGUCUGACACGUUUCGAGCAGUAGUUCCACUUAUUUUCUUUUCAUUGACGAUGUGGCACCAUCCUGAUCGCAUGCUCGGACAGUUUGGAAUGAUUCAGGACCCACCUCAUCACCCACACCCACAUCCCGCAGCUGAGAUUAGGUUUUUCCUUCGCCAGGGCCAGCAUGGGCCAUCACGUGGCCAACAGUUUAUACAGGCAGCCAGCGAGUCGAUUGAGUUGUGGAACCGUCGAUAUGAGUUCAUCGAGCGUACG